AUGCUCUCCCAAUCAACAAGACGGAAUCUUCUUUUUGGCUUCUUUUCACGACCAGCAGGCUCAAAAGUUCUUCCGCAAGCCAAAUAUGCCUCAUCAUCUUGGUUGUUGAACAAAUCAAACCAAAGAACCAGUAAUUUCCAAUCCUCACAACAAGCUUUCGGAUUUCAUUCUUCUUUAUUUGUUUUUAAAAAGGAAGCUUCAUCAUCUUCCACAACACCAACAGAAAUACCCACUUCGGAAGAACCAGUGGUUUUUGGAGAGUUUGAAUUGGGUGAGGCAAAAAAAGAAGUCAUUGAAGCUGUAUUUCGCUUGUUUUCAAAACACGGUGAUGUUUCCAGUGCUCAAUUAUAUCUUCGGACUUGGUACAAUGAAAUUAUUCCUCGAGAGAAGAAAUUGAAAUUAAAGAAAUCUAAAUAUGAUUCAUCCAUUGAUUGUUUACUGUAUGGUUAUUACGGACAGAGCUGUAAACCAAGUGGAGAGGAGCAAAUUCUUAGCCAUGAAUUACUCACAAAAUCCUCUAAAUUAUUCAGUGAAUUAUUCUUAAAGGACAUUAACGAUGCAGACUUGAGAGAGAAUGCUCUGGAAAACUGUCCAAAAGGAGAGAAUUCACUUUUGAAAAAAGUUCGUAGCAGAAUUGAGAAAUUGGUGCUCUCGGAGGAGGGAGAAAAAGUAUUAGCAGAGAAGUUUGCCAUAUCGGAUCGAAAUGAUUUGAUCCAAAGACUCGAAAGAUGUGAUUUUAUAACAUCGGUCUGUUUGGCCAUGAUGUAUUAUCAUGACGAAAAGAUGAGAGACUUUUCCAAAUCAGAAUCAUUCUUGCUUCGUGCAUUGACUUAUAAACCAGAUGAUGAGAGGUGUCUAUUAAUGUUUGCUUCAUUGAACGAAUUUACUGGAAAUAUCAAGAAUGCCGAGCAAGCAUAUUUAUUGCUUUCACAUUACAAUCCAAAUGAUCCUGAUGUGUUGGGAGAUAUUGCUGUCUUUUACAGAAAUAUGAUGCAUGAUCGAAUGAAAGCCAAGAAAUACUUUAAUAUGGCACUCAAACUGAAUCCAAAUCAUGUAAACAAUUUGAGAAAUUAUGCCAUGUAUCUCUUUGAAGAGGAGUCUAAUGUGGAAGAAGCUCUUCAACUAUUAGAACAAGCUAUGGGAAUUGUGUCUACAGAUUACAUGACCAUGUCUAGUUAUGGUAUGGUGUUAAUGGUUGAUGCAAUGAACAAGCCAUCUUCGCAGGCAAAUGCCAUUUUCAAAAAGGCAAGAGAUGUGUUGAAGCGAUCCGUUCAGCUCAAUCCAUUCCAAUCAUGCACGAUCAUUAUGAAUUAUGCCAUCUCUGAACGUAUGUGUGGAAACAAAAUUGAUGCCAGGAAGGCCUUUGAUGUUGCUGUGAAAGCUUUUGAGGAACACGAAUCCAAGACACCCAACGAUUCUCAUGUGGAAUUAUUCAAUAAUUAUGGAUCCUUUUUAUUUGAAGAAGAACACUAUCAAGACGCUAAAGAUAAGUUCCAGAAAGCCCUCAGCCUCAAUCCUAAUGCCAGUGAAGUUCACACAAACCUUGCCUUGACCUAUACCAAGUUGAAUAAUUUGGAGCAAGCAGAAAAACACUAUCGUAAAGCAACGAAGGAUUAUGAUGACACAGAAAUUAAUGUGGUCAAGCACAGUUUAUUUAAUUAUGCCAAGUUUUCAUGGGAUCACACCAAAGAUCUUGACAAGGCAAAGAAUUUAUUUACGCAAUUGAUAACGAUUUGCAACCAAGAAGGAGGUGAAAAGAAUGAGGACAAUUCUCAAUACUAUGAAGAGUACAAACAAUUCUUGAAUGCCACCACGGGUAAGAAGAAUAAAUAG